AUGAUCAACUCACUAAGGCGGGACUACAGGGACGGGAAAAUAACGCUGGAGUUGGUACAGGAUAUGAUCAAAGACCAGCCCAUCGUAAUACAAAGACUUAUCCUGCCAGAGCCACCUCCGACUACGCAACAAUGCCAGUCACAUGAACAACAGCAACUCAUCGACGAUGAAGAGCAGCUUGCUACACGGCUAAAGCUCCUCCAGAUACACAUGGAACGAGAACUCGACGAGGCGCUCAAUGAAGCCACAACAGCGCAACAUCAACACGAGUCGGCGUCGACAGAAACACGAGUGGAACCGGACGUGCCGCAGCUAGGGUCGGCAAUUCAACACGAACUCUCCAGGCCAAUGCAGACAAGACAGCUAAAUUCACCAGCAGAGAACCAAAUACAGCAGGAAACUGAUCUGCACAAGCGAACCUCAAAGCUGUGCAUAGCCAUGUUCGGCAUGCCUCCAACCUGGACUCCUCAGCCAUGGCAACAACAACAAAGCCUGCCAUCCAUAAUUCGUCUGCCAGGACACCAACUACAUAGGCAGCUGAACAACAUAGAGCAGCAACAACAAAACCGACCGAACGCAAGAUCAUCAAUAAUACAGCCAAUAAUACCUGCAAAUAUGGAUCAAAAACAUACAACACCGGCAGAGCCAAGGGGUAACAGCAAACACUUACCUGCACAGCCAAUUCUACCCCCUCGGUCACGGCAUAAGCAGGAAAACACCAUCGAGGAGCAGCAACUUAUAUCACCAGGGCAGGCCCAUCAAACAUGGCAGCAACAACAACAAAGCCUGCAACGGAGGCACCCUCCACCAAGACAACAGCAAGGGCAGCUGGGGAAUACACAGCAGCAGCAAAUCUGGUCGGAAACCAUAGCAAUGCAAAAUCGGCCGGGCCAGCACUGGGAGGCUGAGCGUGGAGCUCCACAACAAUCGCCUAAGAAUCAGACUGCAAAUCCUGAAAACAAUUGCAUUAAACGUACCUCAUUAUCCGUUACUAAUAGCAUAUGCACUUACUCACCUCCACAGCCAGCGCGAUCUCCACUGACACGGCGACAGCAACAAGUUACCCAACUGAGGACUACACAACAGCAAGAGAUCCAUCCAGCAGUAAAGCGGCGGAGGCAACUCGAACCUUUAGAGCCUUUGGUCCAGCCUGACCACUCGGCUGAGUGCACCGAGAAGCUGCAUCAAAGCCCACUAGCGACGAUGCACAUGCAGCGGGAACAGACCGGGGUCUUAUGCGCAAAUAUAGGUCGAUGGCCAAACUGUGCCUCCCUGCCAGGACUACAACGACAGGGGCAGCCGGAGGGCACACAGCAGCAGCAGCGGAUCUGGUCAGGAACCACAGCAUUGCACGGUCGACCGGGCCAGCUCCCGGAAAGCGAGCUUGUAACUCCACAAUUGCUAAUGAUUCAGUCUGAAAUAACUGAAAGCAAAUGCACAAAAUGUGCUACAAUAACAGUGCCUAAUAAAAAGUGCACUCACAUACCUGUACAGCCAAUCCGUUUCCCGCUGGCACGGCAACAGCGAGCUGACCAACCGGGAAUCAUACAGCAGCAGUUGACCCAUCCAGCAGCCAAGCGACGGAGGCAAUCAGAACCUGGAGACCUGUUUCCGAUUAAGCUUGACCACGGAACUGAAGGCCUCAUGCGCAAGCACACGCCGACAGCGGCAGCCGAGGAGCACACGGCAGCAGCAACGAAUCCGGCCAGAAACCACAACGAUGCACAAGCGGCCAGACCAGCCCAGCGACGCUGA